UUUCACUUUCAGUUCGAAGCUGAUCGCUAAGCGGUACAGAAAAAAAUUACAUUUUUAACUUCUUGAAAAAACACAAAAAAAAAUAAAUUAAAAAUCAUGGACGAUUUCAUAAAUAAAGAAAAGAUGUUCAAUCAUGCUCAUAAUAUUAGUGAAAAUUCAGGCUGUAUGUGGAUUCCAUUCAAUGCUGGACUUAACCAAUCGCAACUUGUUGUUUCUGCAACUGACGGUGAUGGCGGUGCAGUUUGCAUAGGAAGAACAAACUUUUCAGGCGAAUUAAUCCCUGGCAAAGCUCUCAUUCGUCACUCAACACUUCAUUUCACACACAAUGGACAAGAACACCGAUCACAAAACUUUGAAGUUCUUCUGAACACCGGAGGCUUCACAUGGGUUGCAUCAUCCAAUGGAAGUGUCCCACCACAAGCUGUAGUUGGUGGACGUGCAUCAAAUGGCGAAACUCUCUAUGUUGGACGUGCUAAGCAUUUACAUUUGACAAUUCCUGGAAAGAUUCAUCCUUCACACAAGUGCGCAUAUAUUGGAUGUGACAAUAGAGAACAUUCGAAACCAACUUAUGAAGUUCUUGUAAGACAAGGAUCAUCUGGAUGGGUUCCACCAACUUGUCCACCUGUUAAUCCACCAAUUCAUCCACCAAUUGGUGGACCAUCAAAUGCACAAUGGGUUCAUUUCUAUCCAGGAGCUCCAUGGCCAGGCAAUGCAGUCAUUGGAGGUGUCUAUAGAGAAGGAGGUCAACGUAAACAUCAAUAUGUAGCUAGAAAAACUUACUUAUCAAGUGUUAUUGUUGGAUAUGCUUACCAAAAUGGUCCAUUUUAUGGAGGCUUACAUGGCAAGGAGAUCAGCUCUGGAGACUUUGAAGUUCUCGUCCAAAAUGGAAAUGUUUUUCCUCACGAUGGAUUUUAAAUUGACUUUUUUGGUGAUAAAUUGAAUAAAAAUGUUGAAAAUUAAUUUGAGUGAUUCUUUUGGGAAUAAAUGCGGAUCAAGGAUUAAAUUUCUCGAGGAGAUAGUUUAGACUC